AUGUCCACACAACAGCAGUCAUACACAAUUUGGUCUCCACAAGACACUGUGAAGGAUGUCGCCGAAUCGCUUGGGUUAGAAAAUAUCAAUGAUGAUGUCUUGAAGGCGCUUGCCAUGGAUGUGGAAUACCGUAUUCUAGAGAUCAUUGAACAAGCGGUUAAGUUCAAAAGACAUUCUAAGAGGGAUGUGUUAACUACAGAUGAUGUAUCGAAGGCACUGCGGGUUUUGAACGUGGAACCUUUAUAUGGGUAUUAUGACGGCUCAGAGGUUAAUAGAGCUAUAUCAUUUAGUAAAGUUAAUACAUCCGGAGGGCAGUCGAUCUACUACUUAGACGAAGAAGAAGUGGAUUUUGAUAAGCUGAUAAAUGAGCCAUUACCGCAAGUUCCCCGUCUACCAACGUUUACUACACAUUGGCUCGCUGUUGAAGGUGUUCAACCUGCCAUAAUCCAAAAUCCAAAUUUGAAUGAUAUAAGAGUAUCUCAACCCCCAUUCAUUAGGGGUGCUAUUGUCACUGCGUUGAAUGAUAAUAGUUUUCAAACUCCUGCAUCUUCAUCUGCUGCAAACGCUUCCGUGACAGAUACCAGCGCCUCUCAGCAUCUGUCUAACGUCAAACCAGGACAGAAUACUGAAGUUAAACCAUUGGUGAAACAUGUGCUAUCCAAAGAAUUACAAAUCUACUUUAACAAGGUUAUUUCAACUUUAACAGCGAAGAAUCAAAACGAUGAAAGCGUACAGCAUAUGAAGCAAGCAGCUCUGACAUCUUUGAAGACUGAUAGUGGUCUCCACCAAUUGGUUCCUUAUUUUAUCCAGUUUAUUGCUGAACAAAUCACCCAAAACCUUUCUGAUUUGCAACUACUGACGACAAUCUUAGAAAUGAUAUACUCUUUGUUGAGUAAUUCCUCUAUUUUUUUGGACCCUUACAUUCAUUCAUUGAUGCCCUCGAUAUUAACAUUGCUCCUGGCUAAAAAACUAGGUGGAUCACCAAAAGAUGAAUCGCCGCAAGAAAUUCAUGAAUUUUUGGAAAGAACAAAUGCACUACGUGAUUUUGCUGCAUCUUUACUAGACUACGUAUUGAGAAAAUUCCCACAAGCCUAUAAAUCAUUAAAGCCAAGAGUAACCAGAACACUAUUAAAAACAUUCCUGGAUAUAAAUCGUGUCUUUGGGACUUAUUAUGGGUGUUUAAAGGGUGUGUCAGUUUUAGAAGGUGAAUCCAUAAGGUUUUUUUUAGGUAACCUGAAUAACUGGGCGCGUUUAGUAUUCAAUGAAACUGGUAUUACUUUAGAAAAUGUAGAGGAGCAUUUGAACAAUGAAGCGAAUUCGACUAGGACAAAAUUUACUAAAGAAGAGACCCAAAUUUUGGUGGAUACUGUCAUUAGCGCAUUGUUAGUUUUAAAAAAGGAUUUGCCAGACUUGUAUGAAGGUAAAGGUGAAGAAGUCACAGAUGAAGAUAAAGAAAAAUUGGUAGAGAGGUGCGGUGUCACCAUCGGGUAUCAUAUUUUGAAAAGAGAUGAUGCAAAAGAAUUAAUCAGCUCCAUUUUCUUCGGUGAAUAA